GAAACAAUCUUCAUUCACAGCCAUACCCAGCAAACAUGAAGAAGACUCUUUAUUUCCUAGUUUCACUCUUCUUUCUUUUUUCGUGCUUCCUUUCUCUUGUGUUUUCCUUGGAUGAUCUCCCAAAGCAAUGCCUUGAUGACCAGAGAUCUUCUCUGUUGCAACUGCAGCAUGAUCUUUAUUAUGCCCCGAAUUUUACUUUCUCUUCCAAAUUCGAGCUUUGGGACGUCAACACUGGUUGCUGCUCCUGGGAAGGAGUUACCUGUGAUGCUUUUGGUCAUGUCAUUGUGCUUGAUCUCAGUUACAAAAACCUUUCAGGCAGCUUUCACUCCAUUUUCGGCCUCCGUUAUCUUCAACACCUUAACCUUGCUGGAAACAACUUUAACACCACUCUGCUUUCGUAUGGGUUUGAUAAACUCCAACAUCUAACUCAUCUCAACCUUUCAAGCUCAUGCUUCCAUGGCCAAAUUCCAGUGGAGAUCUCAUUCUUAUCGAGGUUAGUUUCUCUUGAUAUAUCUAAUCAAGAUGCUUGCUAUUGGAGAUAUUAUCAAUUUCUCCACCCAUUAUACUACAAUGUUCUAUUGCCUUACGAACUGGAACAACCUCUUAAAUUAGAGAAUCCAGACUUCAAGACAUUGAUAAAGAAUUUGAGGAAUCUCACAGAGCUUUAUUUGAAUGGAGUGGACAUUUCAUUUCAAAGUAGUGAAUGGUGUGAAACCAUAUCUUUACUACUUCCCAACCUUCAAGUGUUGAGUCUGUCAAACUGUGGUUUAAAGGGUCCAUUAUGUCCUUCACUCUCAACACUUUCUUUUCUUUCCAAACUUGUCCUUGACUGGAACCCAAUCUCUUAUUUACCUCCAAAUUUCUUGGUAAAUUCCUCAAAUAUGACUUCUCUCAGCUUGGUAGAUUGCAGUUUGAGUGGGCAUUUUCCAACACAAAUUCUUUUAUUGCCAAAAAUCCAAAGCAUUGACAUUUCGUUUAAUGAUCAACUUAUGGGUCAAUUGCCAGAAUUUCCAUCAAACAAUGCUUUACGCAGUUUGAACCUUUCUUCUACAAAUUUAAGAGGGAAACUGCCCGAAUCAAUAGGCAACCUAAAGUUCUUGACAGAUUUAAUUCUUCAUGGGUGUCAUUUUUUUGGACCUAUCCCAUUGUCAAUUGCAAAUCUUAGUCACCUGGUGAACUUGGAUCUAGAAUAUAAUAGUUUCAGUGGCCAAAUACCUCCAUUUCAUAGAUUUGGAGUUCCAAAUCUUGCAGCUCUUCUUUUGGGCGGGAACAAAUUUUCUGGAUCGAUAAAUUCUUCAUUAUUUUCCCUUCCAUCAUUGCGAAUAUUGUCUCUCGGAGAAAAUCAAUUGGUUGGAAAAAUUGAUGAGUUUCCCAAUGCAUCUUCUUCAUUGAUCGAGGGAUUAUAUUUAGGCAAUAAUUAUUUCACAGGACCAAUCCCGAAGUCAAUCCUUCAGCUUCCAAGGCUUGAAAGUCUUGCUAUUGAAGGGAAUGGAUUUAGUUCCUUGAAGCUGCCCGUGUUUGGCCUUCUCAAGAACUUGAGGUUUCUCGAGCUAUCCAACAUAAGUUUGUUAAUUCAAAGCGACAACAGAAGUCUUCAAUAUUUUCCCCAAUUAGAGGCUUUAAGACUACGCUCAUGCAACCUCACUGAAUUUCCAGAAUUCAUCAAAACACAAGACAAGUUGACUGAUUUAGAUCUUUCUAGAAACAAUAUCCAUGGUGUUGUGCCUAAUUGGUUGUGGAAGACCACUCUUUUACGGGUAGACCUUUCUUUCAAUCCCAUUAUUGGUUCAGAAAAUCCAAACCGAACAAGUGAUAAGAGAACCCUCACUUUUCCUCGAUUAGAGAGACUAUUGCUACGGUCAUGCAACCUCACUGAAUUUCCAAAAUUCAUCAAAACACUAGAUCAGUUGACUUAUUUAGAUCUUUCUAACAACCACAUCCAUGGUGUUGUGCCUAAUUGGUUGUGCAAGACCACUCUUUUAUCGUUAAACCUUUCUUUCAAUCCCAUACGUUUUCCAAAACAGCUUCCCAUAAGUGAUGCAAACUUCUUUUUUCCGAUGUUGAGGGAACUAUAUAUGAGAUCAUGUAACAUAAGUGCAUUUCCAGAGCUCUUAAGGAGUCUAGGAAACUUAGAACGACUCAGCCUUUCGAAUAACCGAAUAAGUGGUGCAAUACCAAACUGGGCGUGGAAGAAAAGCUUGGACUAUCUGGAUCUUUCUAAUAACCAUCUCUCAUCUUUGGACCAACUUUUAUCCAACCAGAGUUUAAAUUCUUCGCAGGCCUCUUUGUUUCGACCUAUUUGUCAUAUGAGUCGACUAUUCUUUUUCGAUGCAUCUCAUAACAAUUUCAGUGGCCCCAUUCCAAAUUGCUUAGGCAAUAUGAGUGCCCUCGAAUAUUUGGAUCUUCAUGGAAAUAACUUCAGUGGGAUCUUACCAGAUUUUUCAAAAUCACCCAAUUUGUGGUUACUCAAAGUCAGCGAGAAUAGACUGGAAGGGAAGUUGCCAAGAUCAUUGGCGGAAUGCACCCAGCUUGAAGUCUUGGAUGUGGGAAACAACAUGCUGCGUGAUACAUUCCCUUUUUGGUUGGAGAAAUUGCCUGCGUUGACUGUUCUAGUAUUGCGGAAAAACAAAUUUUAUGGUGAAAUUAAACAUUUCAAAAAUAAAAUUGUUUUCCCAACUUUGGAUGUGUUGGACAUUGCUUCUAACGAGUUUUUGGGUAAACUAUCCUUUGAUCUCCUUCAAGCCACUCAACUAAGGUCGCUCAAAAUUGGUGGGAAUAAAUUCGAAGGGAAGCUGCCAAGAUCAUUAGCCAAUUGCACAAAACUUGAGGUUCUGGACCUCGGAAACAACAUGGUUCAUGAUGCAUUCCCGUUUUGGUUGGCAAAGUUGCCUUCCUUGAAGGUUCUCAUUCUACGAGCAAACAGAUUUUAUGGUACAAUUUCAGAAUCAAAUGCUGAAAGUGAUUUUCCAAAGCUACGCAUAUUGGACAUUGCUUCCAACAACUUUUCGGGUGACUUGUCCGUUGAAUUUUUGCAAAGCUUGAAGGCAAUGACAAUGAUAACUGAUGGUGACCAAGCUAAUAAGCUAGAUUACAUCGGAGAGCGAUACUAUCAAGAUUCUUUGACUAUUGUCAAUAAAGGGGUUGAAUUGUUCUAUGAGAAAGUCUUGACCAUUCUUACUUGUCUUGACCUUUCCAACAAUAGUUUCCAUGGGAGAAUACCAGGAGAAAUACAUAUUCUCAAGGCACUUAAAGUGCUAAACUUGUCCCAUAAUAGCUUCUAUGGCGAAAUCCCAUCAGCACUUGACAACCUAAAAGACCUCGAGUCUUUGGAUCUCUCACUCAACAAGCUCUUGGGGAAGAUUCCUCCACAGCUUACAAGUCUAACUUUCCUGGAGGCACUGAACUUGUCUUACAACCAACUUGAAGGGAAUAUACCACAGAGCAACCAAUUCGGUACAUUUUCAAAUGACUCUUAUCUUGGGAACCCAAAAUUAUGUGGGCGGCCAUUGUCAAGGAAUUGCGGUGAAGAUGAUCUUCCAGUGCCACAUUCUCCAAGGGAAGACAAAGAAGAUUCAUGGUUAGAUGCUAUGUCUACUUGGAAAAUUGCUUUGAUAGGCUAUGCUAGUGGUUUGGUCGCUGGGCUAUGCAUUGGAUAUACAGUGUUGAAUGAGUUGGGAAACAAAUGGGUUUACAAGCUCAAAAAGCAUGGGGAAAGGAAUAGAAGAAGAUCAAGGUGACUCGAUCUGAAUUAAUGUUUCAAAAUCAUCAGAAUGGAGACAUGGAAUGUAAA